AUGGCUUGCGGUCACAUCUUUACAAACACUGCCACACCAUGUGGCUUUCGGCCCCUCUCAAGAUUACGUUCAUCUUCACGUCCAUAUUCACGUUUACGACCACGCUCAUGCACGCCCAGCGUCAAAACUCAGCACCUUAACGACACGUGUGCAGCGUGUGAUCCAGCAGCUCGGAGGCGCCGUGUUCGGCAGGAUUACGAGAGCCGGAACGCCGAGCUCGUGGAGCUGUACAUGGCGGCCAAACGGACGGGCGACGGAGCCGCCAUGAUGCAGGUGGAACGUCUAGUCAUGGAGAAUUCCAUGACCACCAUGGAGCGCAAUUUUGAAAUCAGCGUGCCUUAUCAAGAGGAGGAUGUUAUGUGGUGGGAAAUGGACUAAAUGAAAAAUGACAAAAUGGGCGGGAAUGAUUCAUGACGGUAACCCGUGGGUGUACCUAUACCAGGCGUUUGCUGUUCUUUACUGUAUCAAAAUGGGUGGGAUUCUGAGUAUUUAUGCCGCUUAUGUACAUCUGCCAUUAACACAUUAAAAAUCCAUGGCAGGAAUACCUUUUAU